AUAGUAAAAGCCUGUAAUCUUUUUUUCAUUCUGCAUUCUAUACUUUUUAUACACACACUUAUAUGUACUAUUUUUCUAGUCAUAAUACACUACCCUCAAGAAUGCAUUUGGAAUUGACAGUAAUGAAAGAGGAGGAAAACAAUGUAGGAAUGAUACAAUCUCUUUCCUUGAAGGUCGUGGACGAGGUGUUUGCAGGGCCGGCGUGGGCAUCAUCCGUCCCCCGGCCACCACACCGAGCCGGACCGCCCCCACGGCCUCUUCUUCUACAACAACGUGGCCGUCGCCGCCAACAGGCUGGGAUGCCAAGGGUGCUGGUGGUGGACUGGGAUGUGCACCACGGCAGCGGCAUCCAGCACGUGUUUGUGGCCGAACCGAGGGUGCUGUACGUGUCCCUCCACCACCACGACCACGGCCUCUUCUUCCCAUCCUCUGAGGACCCAAACUACGACGAGUGGGGACGGGACCUGGCCAAGGCUACAACAUUAACAUUCCCUGCAACAAGAGUGGCAUGGGUGACGCAGAGGCUCUCACUCAGGUGGUGCUGCCCGUGGCCUACCAGUUCAACCCACAGCUGGUCCUGGUCACUGCCAGCCUUGAUGCUGGUGCGGGGACCCACUUGGAGGUUGCUGCGUGAGUCCUGGUUGCUGUGGACAUAUGAUGGCCCUUCUGUCUGGCCUGGCCAAGGGCCGCAUAGUUCUGGCACUGGAGGGUGGCUUCAACCUCACCACCACCAGCUACUGCAUGACGCUGUGUGCCAAGGCUUUGCUGGGGGAUCUGCUGCCCCCCCUUGAGCCCCAGCUGGUGCCCAACAAGAGUGCCGUGCAGACCAUCAAUGACGUCAUCCGUACCCAGAGCCGCUACUGGCCGGCGCUCUGCUUCAAGGUGAGUGUGGGGGUCUUUAAUC